CCUUGACAUAGUGCUGCAUAGCGCGGUUGGAACAAAUUUCAUCGAACUGCAUCAAAACAGGAGAAGAUAACCUAUCCCGUGAAUACGGAAUGCAGAUGACUUACUAUUGCCAUUAAUCUAACUAAAUUGUAUAAAAUUUAAUAAGGUUAGCAAUGAUGUUGAAACGCAAAGAUCAAGAAGGGAAUUUAUACGUUUUCAACGAAGAAGAUUUACCAUAUGAAGAAGAAAUCUUAAGAAAUCCUUAUUCUGUAAAACAUUGGCAACGUUACAUAGAUCAUUUGAAAAGUACAAAAAGUAGUAAUUUAAACAUUGUCUACGAACGAGCAUUAAAGGAACUUCCUGGAAGUUACAAAUUAUGGUACAAUUAUUUACGUCAACGUGUAAGUCAGUUAAAAGGAAGAUGUAUAACAGAUCCCCUUUAUGAUGAUGUAAAUAAUGCAUUUGAGCGUGCCCUAGUCUUCAUGCAUAAAAUGCCUAGAAUUUGGAUGGAUUAUUGCACGCUAAUGACAGAACAAUGUUACAUUACUCAUACGCGACAAGUUUUUGAUCGGGCACUUAGAGCACUUCCUAUUACCCAACAUCAUCGUGUAUGGCCAUUAUAUAUUGAAUUUCUAAAGCAAAAUAAUGUGUAUGAGACUGCUGUCAGGGUUUUCAGGAGAUAUCUGAAGUUAGCUCCAGAAGAUACAGAAGAAUAUAUAGAAUACCUGAUAUCAAUUGAAAGACUCGACGAAGCAGCUGUAAAACUUGCGCAAAUUGUUAACCAAGAUGACUUUGUAUCAAAGCAUGGGAAAUCAAAUCAUCAAUUAUGGAAUGAAUUAUGCGACUUGAUAUCAAAAAAUCCUUCCAAAAUAAAAUCUCUUAAUGUAGAUGCCAUUAUCAGAGGUGGUUUGAGACGUUACACAGAUCAAUUAGGUCCUCUUUGGAAUUCUUUGGCUGAUUACUACGUUCGCAGCGGCUUAUUCGAAAGGGCAAGAGACAUUUACGAGGAAGCAAUACAAACAGUGACAACUGUUAGAGAUUUUACACAAGUGUUUGAUGCGUAUGCACAGUUUGAGGAACUUAGCCUCAGUAAACGCAUGGAAGACGCUGCAAAAAAUCCUACCGAAGAUGAUGAUAUAGAUUUAGAAUUAAGAUUGGCGCGAUUUGAACAUUUGAUGGAAAGACGAUUAUUAUUACUCAAUUCCGUAUUACUUAGACAAAAUCCACAUAACGUACAAGAGUGGCAUAAAAGAGUUAUGCUUUACGAAGGGCAGCCGCACGAAAUUAUUAAUACAUAUACGGAAGCUGUGCAAACUGUGCAGCCACAAUUGGCAGUAGGCAAAUUACAUACUUUAUGGGUUGCGUUUGGCAAAUUUUAUGAAGAAAAUGGUCAAAUAACGGAUGCUAGAGUCGUCUUCGAAAAGGCAACUCAUGUUCCAUAUACUAAAGUUGACGACCUUGCCUCUGUGUGGUGUGAAUGGGCGGAAAUGGAAAUUAGACAUGGAAAUUAUAAAGAAGCUUUGAAACUUAUGCAUCGUGCUACCGCUAUGCCAUUCCGCAAAGUAGCUUAUCACGAUGAAACUGAAACUGUUCAAAUGAGGUUAUAUAAAUCUUUGAAAGUCUGGUCUAUGUAUGCAGACUUGGAAGAAAGUUUUGGCACGUUUAAGACGUGCAAAGCGGUGUACGAUAAGAUCAUAGAUUUAAAAAUUGCAACGCCACAAAUCAUUAUUAAUUACGGUCUCUUUUUAGAAGAAAAUAAAUAUUUUGAAGAGGCUUUCAGGGCAUAUGAAAAAGGAAUCGCAUUAUUCAAAUGGCCUAAUGUUUACGACAUAUGGAACACGUACCUUACGAAAUUCUUAAAACGUUAUGGUGGUACAAAAUUGGAACGAACGAGAGAUUUGUUCGAACAGUGCUUAGAACACUGUCCACCUAAAUAUGCUAAAGCCUUAUAUUUGUUAUACGCAAAAUUAGAAGAAGAACACGGCUUAGCUAGACACGCAAUGUCCGUUUACGAACGAGCAACGAGUGCCGUUCUCCCUGAAGAAAGAUUUGAGAUGUUCAACAUAUACAUCAAGAAAGCAGCAGAUAUAUAUGGCGUUCCGAAAACGCGACAAAUAUACGAAAAAGCUAUUGAAGUUCUAAACGAGGAAAAUACAAGAGAAAUGUGUCUGCGAUUUGCAGAGAUGGAGACGAAAUUGGGAGAAGUUGACAGGGCUCGAGCAAUAUAUGCGCACUGCAGUCAAAUUUGCGACCCGAGGGUAACAUCGAAUUUCUGGCAAAUAUGGAAAGAAUUUGAAGUGAGACAUGGCAAUGAGGAUACAAUGCGUGAAAUGCUUCGAAUUAAACGCAGCGUUCAAGCUAUGUACAAUACACAAGUGAAUAUGAUGUCUGCUCAAAUGUUAAACAAUGCAACGAAUCCACCGUCCGAUGUUCCAGUGGACGCAAUGCGUCUUUUGGAUAGUAAAACGCCAAGUACAGACAACGUUACCGCAUACAAGGACAGUAUCAAAUUUGUUCGUGGUGUAACAGAAGGAGAUGGUAAAUCGGAUUCUCAAGUGAACAAUCCGGAUGAAAUAGAUAUCGAUAUCGAAGACGAUGUUAACGACAAUGAGGCGGAUGUAGAGGAAGAUAUACCCAUUGAAAAACAAACUAUUCCAUCACAAGUGUUCGGUAGUUUAAAAGCAACUGAAGGCGAAGACGAUUAAGCCGUGUAUAAUUCAUGGUGUGUGGAAAAUGUGUAAAUAAAUGAUUUCACAAUGAAAUCUUGAGAUUUAUAAUUAUGUGUAGUGUUCAUAAAAUCAACAUUUGUAAAUUCUUACCGUAUGCCAAAAAAUUAAAUUUUCUACAGGAUGUUUCUUUUUAAAAGAAAUAAACUAAUAUUUUUGAGCGUUCAAUA